AUGGCGUCCAGGGGUGGUGGAUCCAUAGGCCGAGGUGCAGGCAGGGCUCAGGGCAGCGCACCGGGAUCUCCACCACGACCUAUGCAGGGGCGAGUAGGGGAUGGACCGGGUGGAGCCGGCGCGAUCUUCGUUGGGGGGUUGCUUACCGUACCGGCGCCGACCUCUCGUCGCUCUUUCCGUUACGACGGCCCUCGGCCCCCUCCUUCGGGGCAGACGCCGACACAGCCGGAGAGCGGCAGUGAGGAGGAGGAUGAGGAGGAGGAUGGUGAGGGCGAGAAGGAGGAGAACACUGAGGGGAGCGGGGAUGACAGCGAGGCGGCGUGGGACCCAGAGACGCAUGGCGGUGGGGAGGGGGGAGAUGAUGAUGAUGAAGACCACGAGAUGGAUGGGUUGGAGCCAGAGGGGCGGGAGGAGGAGGUGGGAGAGGGUGGUGGAAGGGCGGCGACAGAGGCGGGAUCACAGCAUGUGCGUGAAGGGGGGGGGAGCGUGGGGGUUAAGGUGGGAGGGGGAAAGGCCGUGACCAUUAGGGAGCCGAAGCAGAGGAAGAAAGCGAACAAGUUGAGAGAGCGGGCGUAUCCCUGCACGUUCACUGGGGAGCCCUUGGGCGAGGGUGUGAUUCCACCCGAGUUCCUAGACGAGGACGGAGGGUCCGAGAGUAGUAAGGGGACUAGCAAGGGUAAUAGGAGGCCGGGGUGGCAAGUUAUGAUGUUCGGACCGUUAGGGGCAGACGAAAAGCGUCAGUGCAAGAUUUGCACAGAUAGGAUUUCGUGGAAGCAAUCCACAACAACCCCGGGCGAGCGGCACUUUGCGAGCUUCCACACUGCGCACAUGCAUGUGUGGCAUCACCGUUACCACACCCCGUCGGUUCACUUGCCUGGGGAGACGUUUCCCCGAGGGGGCUACAAGGGAGUGCCGGAUGGCUACGUCUAUCAGUGGCCACAUGCCAAGACUUGGCCGCAGCUCGCCAAGGGGAAAGCGAUGGCAACUGGUGGAGGUGAUGGGUCAGGAGGGAUCGAGCGGUGGAUGACAGCAAAACUGACCUCGGUGCAGCUACGGCAGGCGAUCACGAAGCUGGUGGUCACCUGCGACCUCCCCUUCCGCAUCGUCGAGGCCGAGGCUUUUCGUGAGCUACUCAUCCUGUUGAACCGCAACUGCGCGCAAAAAAACUUCAUCCCCUCGCGCUGGACGGUUUCCCGCGACACAGUCGUCUAUUCGGCUGCUGCUCUUCAGUCAGCCAUCGCGGAGAUGCUGGCGAAGGAGGGGGAGCUGGGGUGCAGGGUGUCGUUCACCAUCGACAUGUGGACGUCACCCAACAACAGGGCGUGGCUGGUGGUAACGGGUCACUGGAUCGACGAGGGUUACCAGCUGCGCACAAUGGUGUUUGAAUUCCGGGAAAUUCACGGGCGGCACACGGGCAAGCAGAUGGCGAGGGUGGUUGAGGACACGGUGGUGCAGUGGGGGUUGGAGACGCGUUGUCUUGGGUUCACCUCAGACAACGCCUCUAGCAACACUGCCGCUUUUAGGCGGCACUCGCUGUGA